AUGAAUAUGUUCAAAAACCAAAAAAAAAUUGAAAUUAUUCUAAGUACUACGUCUUCUCGCCAAGAUCUUGUUGAAAAAAUUCAAGGCGUCAAGAUCUUAGCAUCAUUACCGUUUUAUGGAUCAAGAAUUAGUCAAAUGUUAUCAAAUAUUCCAGAUUUAGAGAAAUUACAGUUUCAACUUGAGUUUAAAAUGAGUAAAUCGACGUGUUUCACCCCAUCAUAUCAAUCAUUAACAGAAGAAGCGUUUAGAAAUAUCAAUAAAUGGAAUAUUGUAUUUAAUUAUGAUGAAGAACGAAAUCAUUAUUCUAUUUUUACUUUACCAUCAAUGUCACAUACAUCAUAUCGCUUUCAUUCACUCUCACCAAUUUUACUUUAUAGUAGUUCUAGUCAUGAUUAUUCGAGUGUCAGACAAAUAGAAAUUUUUGAAUCAUCCUGUCAGCCGAUAGUAUUCUCUGAAUUGGCUAAAAUUCUAACAGAAAACUUUUCAAAAUUAACAAGUCUUACAAUCUCAAAUGAAAAUAUCGGUAAAAGUGGAGCUUUUUCUGAUAGUAAAUUAAGAUUAAAUCAUCUCAAAUAUUUGACAAUUAAACAACGUAUAUCCUACCUUGAUCGACUUCUGCUGCUGGUACCAUAUUUAAAAAGCUUAGUAAUACAUGAUAUUCAAUGUUUAGAAAAUAUUUCUGUUAAAAAUAAUAUUGAAUAUUUAUCGUUAUGUGAUUGUAACCAGUUACCCAAACUACGAACGAUAUUAAAUAAUUAUUUUCAAAAUAUAAACGGUCUUGAAUUACGAUUUAAAUUCAUUGAAUCGACUUUAAGUUGUAUUAAUGAUAAGGAAAUAUCUAUGCUUUGUGAAAUGAUUAACAAUAUGAAAAAUUUGGUUAGUCUUCGUAUUCUUAUAUCACCCGUAAAUGAAAAUGUAGAUCAUUUUACAAAUAUUAUGUAUGAAACGCUGAAAAGUAAACAUGAGUAUUGCUUAAUUGAAACGAUUAUUGACAAAGAAAUGAAAAAUAUUUUAGUAUGGAAAUAA